CUCCCCCCGCAACAUGAACUGAAUCUACCCGGGAGAGACCGAGGAAGAUGGCGGCGACUGACCGUUCCCGAUCCGAAGCUGCAAAGCAGCGACGGCAGGAUCAGUUACAGCGAUGGCUAGGCUCGGAAACGGAUCAGACGGGACCGGGGACGCGGGACGGGUCGACGGGAACCGGGACGCGGAGGGCCCGGGUUCGGUUCGCUCAGGGAGCCGUGUUUAUGGCAGCCUGUUCGGCCGGGGACAGAGAGGAGGUAGCGGCGCUCCUACGACAGGGCGCUGACAUCAACCACGCCAAUAUAGACGGACUGACCGCGCUUCAUCAGGCGUGUAUAGAUGAGAAUGCAGAGAUGGUCCAGUUCCUGGUGGAGAGUGGGAGCGACGUGAACAGGGGGGACAAUGAGGGAUGGACUCCCCUCCACGCUGCUGCCUCCUGUGGGUUCAUACAGAUCACCAAGUACCUGAUAGAGCACGGUGCACGUGUGGGGGCGGUGAACAGUGAAGGAGAGCUUCCUCUGGAUGUUGCUACUGAGGAUGCUAUGGAGAGACUGCUGAAGGGAGAGAUCAAGAAACAGGGGGUGGAUGUAGAUCUGGCGAGGAGGGAAGAGGAGCGGGUGAUGCUGGAAGAUGCCAACGCGGUGCUGGCAGGCAGUGGCAUGCUGACACCUCACCCCAACACCAAGGCCACAGCGCUGCACGUGGCUGCUGCCAAGGGCUACAUAGAAGUCAUGAAGGUCCUGCUCCAGUGUGGUCUGGAUUUAGACAGUAGAGAUGUGGAUGGCUGGACGGCCCUGCAUGCUGCGGCUCACUGGGGGCAGGAGGAGGUGUGCUCUCUGCUGGCUGACAACAUGUGUGACAUGGCUGCUGUCAACAACGUGGGACAAACUCCUCUGGAGGUAGCAGAUGACACCCUAGUGGACACUUUGGAGGAGCUGACAAAGAAACAGAACGCUUUGCGUACUGAGAAAGCCAAGCUGUCCCAGCCUCCGGUCAUUGAGACCAGUCCUCCUAUCAAUAUGGCACCAGUUAGACCACGCAGGACCUCAAUCUCUCGUAUGAGCAGCAGAGAGAAGAUCUGCCUCCACGAGAGAGAGAAGCACCCUCCCCCCGCCCUGACCAGCAGCCCAGCCGAGGAGGAGGAGGAGGAGGGAGGACAGGGCCAGCCUGGGACCCAGGGACAGGGCCAGCCUGGGACCCAGGGACAGGGCCAGCCUGGGACACAGGGACAGGGCCAGCCUGGGACACAGGGACAGGGCCAGCCUGGGACACAGGGACAGGGCCAGCCUGGGACACAGGGACAGGGCCAGCCUGGGACACAGGGCCAGCCUGGGACACAGGGCCAGGGCCAGCCUGGGGGACAGGGCCAGGGCCAGCCUGGGACACAGGGACAGGGCCAGCCUGGGACACAGGGACAGGGCCAGCCUGGGACACAGGGACAGGGCCAGCCUGGGACACAGGGACAGGGCCAGCCUGGGACACAGGGACAGGGACAGGGCCAGCCUGGGACACAGGGCCAGCCUGGGACACAGGGACAGGGCCAGCCUGGGACACAGGGACAGGGCCAGACCUCUAGCAGCUCCAGCUCAGAAGAGGAGGACGACGAAUCUGAGAGUGAUGCUGAAUCAGAGAAAGCCAAAAACCGAGAGAUCAUCAACAACUUGAACAACAAACGCAACAGCUCCUCCACCCACGAUACCUCCACGGCAACCAGCACUUCAGGAAACACGGGCAAAAAGCAGGACCCAGGGAAGCCCCCAGCCCCCGAAGUGGCCCCUUGCUCGGCCCCUGGCUCGGCCCCUGGCUCCUGGAGGACCUCUCUUCGUAAGGCAGGCAGCUCGGUGACCCUGGGGCCUUCAGUGGCCACCGACCCCAGCCAGGAGUCCACCCGCGGGGCCCUUGAGUCUGGCCAGGGCCUAGGGAUGACCCGCUCUGCCUCCAGCCCACGCCUCAGCUCCAACACCACCACCACAGACACCAAGGAACCCAGGACUGCCAGAGUGAACCCCACUCCAACGAGACGUCUCUUCAAUAUCCCAGACAGCAGUAGCAGCUGGCUGAGUCGUAGCUCCUCUUACACCCGACGCCUCAAUAGUACUGGAAGUGAUCUUAGUAGCUCCACCCCCUCCUUGCCUCUCAGCUCAUCCUAUGUACGCAAACCGGAUGACCCCACGGUGACCUCUACAACAGAAACAGGAAGUAGCUCCUCUGCUGGACUCAGUCGACUCAACGUCCUGGUGGCCCAGAGACUGGCUCAGGAGCAGUCAGAGAAGAAGGAGAAGGAGAUGGGUUCUGUCACCACCACGACCGGCGGCGGCAGCGAUCUGGAGACCAAGCAGAGGCGCAAGUCCUACCUGACCCCGGUGCGUGAUGAGGAGGCUGAGGCUCAGAGGAAGGCUCGCUCCAGACACGCCAGACAGUCACGACGAUCCACUCAGGGGGUGACGCUCACAGACCUGCAGGAAGCUGAGAAGACAAUGAAGACGGCACAGACGGACAAAUGGAGAGAAAAGGCUAAAAAAGAGGAGGAGGAAGAGGCAAAUAAGAAGAAAGCAGAAGAGGGGGAGGUAAGCUGGAGGUCCCGAAUCGCCAGCCUGCAGAAGUCUGACCUGUUGGGUCUGACACAACCGGCUGGUGCCCCUCGCCCCCAGACCUCCGACCAGGAGAGUAGUGCAGGAGGGGAGAGUGAGAGUGACCGUAUCGCCAGGGAGAGACGGAGAGCCCGGGCCAGGAGGAGAGCUCAGAGGGCUGGAGAUAGUGAUGACAAUGACCCCAGUGGAGAGGAGGGGUUUGGAGGCAGUGGGCGUGAUCCACAGACGGACAGGCACUCCAGCACCAGGUCUGACGUGUCAUGUAACGACUGUAUCGACAGAGGAGGAGGCUCUGAGACUAAGGAUUACAAGAAGCUGUUUGAGGAGGUGUCCAGGGAGAAUGGUCAGCUCCAGUCUCAGCUGCAGGACACCCACAGGACCAUAUCUCAGACCAGACUGGACCUGGACAAGGCUACACAGAGACAGGAGCGGUUUAGUUGUUCAGCCAUGUUGGAGCUGGAGAAGAAGGAGCGACGGAUGUUGGAGCGACGUGUGGCUGAGCUGGAGGAGGAGUUGAAGGUGCUAGGUGACCUGAGAGCUGACAACCAGCGGCUGAAAGAUGAGAACGGAGCGCUGAUCAGAGUCAUCAGCAAGCUCUCCAAAUAGACAGAGAGAACGAGAGAGAGACAACAGGGACGCCUCACCCCUCCCUCCCUCCCACCUCACAUUCCUCCCAGUGCCAAAGAAUGAAAGAGGGAGAGAGAGAGAGAGAGAGAGAGAGAGAGGGGGGG